AGCCCACUGGUAGAAAGACGAGGAGUGCGGCUGUCUUUCUGGGACGUAUUUGCAAUUGGAGCUUUGCUGUUGUUUAUGCCACUGGACAGCAAAGUUGACGGGUCUGCCAAGAUUCUGAGGUACUCCUCUCCAGAAUUUUCUUGCUCUUACAUGGUAACAGAGAGCUGAAGAAAAGAGUGGUGACGAGAGGUACAGGCGCGCGCACAGCACAGCUGAUCUGAGGUCAAAGGUCAGAGGGUGGUGAGAGAGGUGAACUGCAUGGACAGGGAGGCAGCUUUAAGCCCACGGCAGGCAGGCGGGAAGGGAGAAGUGAAGAUGGCAGUCUGGAUCCAGGCUCAGCAGCUGCAGGGGGAUGCUCUGCACCAGAUGCAGUCCCUCUACGGCCAGCACUUCCCCAUCGAGGUCCGACACUACCUGGCCCAGUGGAUAGAGGGACAGCUCUGGGACGCGGUGGACCUGGAGAACCCCCAGGAGGAGUUCAAGGCCAAGCGGCUGCUGGACAGCCUGAUCCAGGAGCUGCAGAAGAAGGCCGACCACCAGGUGGGCGAGGACGGCUUCCUGCUCAAGAUCAAACUCGGCCACUACGCCACGCAACUCAAGAACACGUAUGACUGCUGUCCUCUGGAGCUGGUCCGAUGCAUACGCCACAUCCUCUACACCGAACAGAGACUGGUCAGAGAGGCCACCAAUUCGAGCUCCCCGGUGAGUGGGCUGAUGGACAGCAUGUCCCAGAAGUAUCAGCAGAUCAACCAGCUGUUUGACGAGCUGCGGGUGAUGACCCAAGACACGGAGAACGACCUGCGCAAGCUGCAGCACAACCAGGAGUACUUCAUCAUCCAGUACCAGGAGAGCCUGCGCAUACAGGCCCAGCUGAGUAGCCUGGCGUCUCUGCCCCCCGCGGACAGGCAGCUGCGUGAGCCGGCGCUGCUCAGCAAGAGGGCCACCGUGGAGGGCUGGCUCACCCGCGAGGCCAACACACUGCAGAAAUACAGACUGGACUUGGCUGAGAAGCACCAAAAGACGCUGGUGAUGUUGCGCAAGCAGCAGACGGUGAUCCUGGACGACGAGCUGAUCCAGUGGAAGAGGAGGCAGCAGCUCGCCGGCAACGGAGGACCAGCGGAGGGGGGACUAGACAUACUACAGUCAUGGUGUGAGAAGCUGGCCGAGACCAUUUGGCAGAACCGUCAGCAGAUCCGGCGCGCGGAGCACCUGAGACAGCAGCUGCCCAUCCCCGGGCCCAUAGAGGAGCUUCUCACCGAGCUGAACAGCACCAUCACAGACAUCAUAUCCUCACUCGUCACCAGCACCUUCAUCAUUGAGAAGCAGCCUCCCCAGGUGCUGAAGACCCAGACCAAGUUUGCGGCCACGGUGCGGCUACUGGUGGGGGGCAAGCUGAACGUGCACAUGAACCCCCCGCAGGUCAAGGCCACCAUCAUCAGCGAAGGGCAGGCCAAGGCCCUGCUCAAGAACGAGAACACCCGCAAUGAUUGCAGUGGAGAGAUCCUCAACAACAAUUGCGUGAUGGAGUACCACCAGACCACGGGCACCCUCAGCGCCCACUUCAGAAACAUGUCCCUGAAGCGGAUCAAGCGUUCGGACCGCAGGGGCGCCGAAUCGGUGACGGAGGAGAAGUUCACCAUCCUGUUUGAGUCGCAGUUCAGCGUGGGCGGCAACGAGCUGGUUUUCCAGGUCAAGACUCUGUCUCUACCUGUGGUGGUCAUCGUGCACGGGAGCCAGGACAACAACGCCACGGCAACAGUGCUGUGGGACAACGCUUUUGCCGAGCCGGGAAGGGUGCCCUUUAUCGUGCCUGACAAGGUGCUGUGGUCGCAGCUGUGUGAGGCCCUGAACAUGAAGUACAAGGCGGAGGUGCAGAGUACCAGGGGACUGUCGGAGGAGAACCUGGUCUUCCUGGCCCAGAAGGCCUUCAGCAGCUCCAGCAUCAACCCAGAGGACUACCGCAACAUCGCCAUGACAUGGAGCCAGUUUAACAGGGAAAGUCUACAGAUGAGGAACUUCACGUUCUGGCAGUGGUUCGAUGGAGUCAUGGAGCUCACAAAGAAACACCUGAAGCCACAUUGGAAUGAUGGUGCGAUUCUGGGCUUUGUGAAUAAGCACCAGGCCCAGGACAUGCUGAUGUCGAAGCCCAACGGCACCUUCCUGCUGCGCUUCAGCGACUCAGAGAUAGGGGGCGUCACCAUCGCAUGGGUGGCAGAGAACCCCAACAAAGCAGGAGAGCGAAUGGUGUGGAAUCUCAUGCCCUACACCAGCAAAGACUUCUCCAUUCGCUCGCUGGCCGACCGGAUCAGCGACCUCAACCAUUUGCUCUACCUCUACCCCGACCGGCCCAAGGACGAGGUCUUCUCCAAAUACUACACACCACCUCUGUCUAAAGCAGUGGAUGGAUAUGUCAAACCUCAAAUCAAACAAGUCGUACCAGAAUUCACAACAGCCAACGCAGACCCCACAGCAGUGGGGAACCCAACCUACAUGGAUCAUGCCGCAUCACCUGCUGUUCCUCAUCCACACAACUAUGGCAUCUACCCACCUAUGAGUGACCCCAUGCUGGAUACGGACGGCGAUUUCGACCUGGACGACACCAUGGAUGUGGCACGGCACGUCGAAGAGCUGCUCCGCCGGCCGAUGGAGAGCCAAUGGAGUGGCCAGCAGUCCUGACCCGCUCACCUUUGACCCCUUUACCUCGGCCACACCCCCUCAUCCCCCAACUGGCCCCACCCUACUCUCUUGAAGCCCUGUCCACCCGGUCCAGGAAUCCUCUCUCUCUCGCACGCACUCUCUCUCUCUCUCUCUCUGUUCUUGCUGUCCUCUCUCAGUUCUCUCUCGCGUGCACUCUUGCUCUCACUCUCUCUUUCCCUUUCUCUGUCUCUCCCCCUCUCUCUGUGCAGUAGCUACAGCACAUUGUGAAAUGUUGAUAAUGGUUGUGAAAUGGUUCUUUCAUUUUUUUCACUUCUUCUCAUUCUCUCUCUCUCUCUCUCUCUCUCUCUCUCUCUCUCUCGCUUUUUAUUGUGGCAUGCUGGCUGCCCGUGUGUCUCUCUGGUUGGCUAACCAGACACACUAAACCUGGAGAAGGCACGACGCUUCAACACAAAAACAGCACAGUGGUACUAAAAAUGCUGAAACUGGUCCGUGUGCUUUUACGCAAGACUGGUGACACAUGAUGGUGUCGAGAGGAAGACCCAAACAAGCACUUGCAUGUGUUUUCUUUUCAUUUUGCAUUACUGUCAGUGACUAAAGAAAAAUAAUCGUGCAUUUGGCUUUGCACCAGAAAUGUACCUCUUUUUUUUCCUUCUUUUUUUGUUUUUAGUUUCUUUUACCUUUCCUCUGAAUCAACGUGUGGUGCACUCAUAAUAGUCGCUGUCUGCUGACAAGGUCUUGUGAAAGAUGGCCAAAAAGUGUGAAGUGCGCGCACAUCCCAAGAAAGCUAAUUGCUGUGGGUGCAAAUAUAAAAUAACGCAAAAGGGGAAAAAAACCCAAAAAAUAUUCACACACCACAAAAAGCUCCCUUUGAGGUGAUUUAAUGUGAAAAUGGCACAACAUUUCAACCUACAUGGUCUUCGUCACCUGACGUUGUGCCAUUUUCACAGUAAAUCACGACAAGGGAGCUUUUUGUGGUGCAAAUAUUUUUUCUCUUUUUCCCCCUUGUGAAAGAUGGCAUCAGACCUGCUUGGAGAGUGUCUAUGACAAUGUCUGUGAUUAUUGUCUCCACACACACACACGCACACACACACACAUGCAAACACACAUUAACACACAAUUUCUCACGCUAUCUAUCUGUCUGCCCAGAGGGCUAUCUGUGUGCGUCUGUUGACUCUGUGUAAGCUCAAAUAUUUUAUUAUGUCUGUCCAGGAGUCCUUAACUCUAGGUCAACAACACCUUCUCUCUUAUCUCUCCACUGGUCCUGUGUGACCUCCGCUGCUUGCCGUACAAUAGUCACUGUGACUGGACAACCAGGUCCUUGCUAGUACUGCAUGAGAGUUAAAGACAGGUGGGAGUUUUGGUGCAAAUAUUAUUAGAAAUCAACAGUGAAUGUGACUGCCACUUACACACAUUCACCACUGAAGGUCUAUGUCCUGCAUGUGUGAUCUUGAUGAUGGCGUUACAAUGUCGAUGCUGUAGCAGCAGGUGUUGAAGGUGCACUGAGUAGGAUGGUGGCCAGAGAAGGUAUUGACAGACUAUGCUCCUCAUUGAAACGGUGCUGUCUAUUGCCAAAUUUGAUAUUUUCAUUAAUAUUUACUAAACAAUGAAUUGAUAUUUACUAGUAUGACCAAAGUACAGUGAAGUUAAAAAUGACUAUUUCUGGACAUUCAAAUUGGCGGACAAUGGAGAAGUUCCCCCUUUUCAUGUAAGAAAAGUGCAAUUGUCCCAGUCACAAUGAAUACUUAAAAUGUGAUUUCGGCGGUGAGUAUUAAUGAAAAAGUUAACAUUUAUGAAUGAGCAGUAUGAAUUCUGGAAAUAAAUGACUAAAACAUACUACACAGUGCACCUUUAAAGGGACACUGUGUGAGAUUUUUAGUUGUUUAUUUCCAGAAUUCAUGCUGCCCAUUCACUAAUGUUACCUUUUUCAUGC